AUGGAAUCAAAUGGUGAUAUAAGUCAAUUGAAAAUAGAUGAUAUCAAUCUGACGUCUGACAGUCAUGAUGAUGUCGCAGUAGACAUGAAAGGUGAUCCAAAUAUAAUAAUACCAAUUGGUAACUGGGCAAAUGUUACCCGUGAACCAAAUACAGUCUAUCGUUCAAUAUAUUCACCAAAGUUGGUCGGUCCUAUAGAUUCAGACUCACCAUUGGACACAAGCAAUACCAGUGUAGAUUUACUUUCAUCUUCAAACAGUUCAACUGCAAAUUUAAUAUCGGCAUCUUCCAUUGAAGUACCAACAGCAGCGACAUCAACAGCAACAACAACAACAACAAAAGAACAAUUAGAUAAUAUUAAACAACAACAAGAAAAUAAUAAAGAUAAACAAGAUAGUAAACAAGAUAAACAGAAACAGCAACAACUACAUCAUCAACAUCAACAUGAUAAACUAUCGGUUAGUUCACCAGCUAAUCCAACUCCACAUGAAGGAAUCAACAAGGAGAUCAAUAGUGGUGCUGGCUACAAGGUGAACAAUAGCAGCUAUCAUGGAUACAGACACAAUUUCAAUCAUUCGGGAUACUCGUUGUAUACGGUCAAUCAUAAUGGCGAAACGACAACAACUAGACAACCUGCAACCUCCUAUGUACCUUAUUCACCAUCGACACACUCUGCCAACUCCUCAUCGUAUUCACCUUCACCUUCACCAGCAUCAAACAUCUCAUCCUAUUUAUAUAUCGAUACAGCUAGAUCGACACCAUCCGAUACCACCACUGCAUCGGAUUCACUGAGUUCAUCGGAAGGCUAUAUGUAUGCCGACUCGAACCAUUCUUCAUCUUCCUACCUCGCUUACACCACCAACAACACAGAACCAAUCGAUAUAGACGUACCACUCGACCACAACACUCCGAAAGUAAACAUAUGGAAAGAGGAGGAACGUUGUCAAAGAGAGGACGGACAAGAUUACACUUGGAACGAGAAAUUCCAAUACAUAAUGGAUUUACCAGAGGCAGAAGAUAAAUAUAAAUACCUAUCUAUUGUUGCUAAUGAUUUUGUAUAUUGCGCCAAUACCUUUGGAAAGAUUAUUAUUUCAGAGAGAAACUUACCGGAAGAUCAAAAGACUAUAAAACCAUUGUCGUUGGGUGGUGUUGCCGGUGGACAUAAAUACAAGUGUCAGGAUAUCAUUUUCAAGUUUGUUGUGGAUGUUGAGAUUGCACCUGGUCUUUGGAUGUAUGGUGAUACUUCGCGAUCCGAUGAGAAGGCACAAAAGUCUGCUGGUCACGAGUUGAAAGGUUUGAAUCAUUUCAUGGAGCAUUCGAAUGGGCUGAUUAGAUUCCCGCUGAUGGCAAUCAUCGAUUAUCGUGGCUAUCGUUUGUUGGCCAUUUCGAACUUACCAAUCACCAAGAAGUCGAUUGUCUAUGGAUCGAACGACGGUGGUAAAACCAUUCACAACAGUGAUCCGAUUAUUGAAAAGGAGAUGGAAAGACUGGCGGCGAUUAUGAAUACGAAAGGACAUAUGGUUGGACUGACAUCGCCCAAGUUGAUGUACGGACCGGGCGACCUCGAGAUACACAAGGGAACUGACGGUCGUUACUACAUGUUGGAUUUCGCACGUGCAUUCCCACCUGAAUAUCCUGCACACAUCCACGGCAAAGUUGGUCGUGAGAUCUUCUACUCCAUGUUGCGUCCAGAGCUGAUAUUGAAAUCCGACGUUCCACUGAGUCCAGACGCUUUCUCCGGUUGGCAAACCGGAAAAGACGAAGAUGACUCCAACCAAGAAGUGAUAGAAAUGACAUCGAAAUAUCAUAAAACAAUUAUACCUGAAUGUGCAUCUUAUAUUCAAAAAGCAUUGGAAGAGGAUACAGUGUGCGAAGCAUCUGAUGACUUUUUCGAUAGCAUGUUUUUAAAGGAUUUAAAGAGAUUUGUAAAUUGUAAUAGCUACAAUGCCUAUCAACAGAAAUCAUUCGAGUUGCUGAGAAUGGUGAAUCUGUUGCAUGGUCGUGGAAUCAAUAUCAGAUAUCUUGGUGCGAUUUGUCAGCUUCUCAAGGAUCGUACUUUCAAGUCGAUUCUCUUUACCGAGCUGGUUGCUCGUGUCUGGAAGAAGCUGAUAUUGGCCAAACUCAGAGAGAAGAUGGACCAGACCAACAGACCGUCCGACGAACCAAAGGUAAUCGUUGCAGAGGUAUUCGACUUACUCUUGAAUGUACAGAGAUCGUGUGAGUUUAAAACCUUUUGGAGUUCAUCCACACCCGGAAACUUUAAAUUCGCAGCACUCAGAGCAUUCCCAAAUUGUUUAAAUAAGAGUGAGAGAUGUAACGACGGGUUCACAGCUGAUUUUCGAAGCAAAGAAGCGCUUGAUGCAACCAAAGGUGCCGCCUGCCGAGUUGAUUCGUUGGGUGGAAAUGGGUCAAGAGAAACUGAUGAUGGCUCAACGUUCGAUGCCAAUGUCCACCAAGGUCAUCCUACGAAAAGCCGCUUCCUACAUCCUAAAGUCGACGCUUUCCAAUCAGGUACUGGCGAGUUACCUGCUCAUCAGGAAGGGUAUCAAUAUGCUGCGACACUGCUGGUCACACAGCCAGACCGAUCCUAG